GAAAGUUUUUACUGUUACUGCGUUAUUUCAUGAUCUUAGCAUGUAUUCAUGACAUUUCCCUCAUAUUAAUUUCUGUUUUAGGAGAGGCAAAUUAGUUUCGUUUCAUUUUUUGUAGCACUUGUAUUUUUAGGGCUUUCCCUGUAGUUAUUUUUUAUUUAUUUUUUACCUGACCGACGAGGAGACUUGUGUGCAGGAUGAAGGACUCCAGUCUAUCGGGACCGACGGGCGUUUUGGUGGCGAAUCAGAGACCGUGGGAGAACAUCGACUGGCCGAAGGAGCAGCAGCGAUGGAUCCACCGCAGUUGGGGCCAGUACUUUGCGAGGAUGCGAAAGAACAGCUUUGCCCACGCAUAUUUCGACAAGUGCAUCGAAGAGCAUGAGGGGCUGGACCACAAGGCCCUGUAUCUGCGCAGCAAGUUCCAGAGAUCGGUGGCCCUUACCCAGGGCGCCCUGGAGGACAGUGUGCGGGCCACGGAGGUGAGGGAGGUGUGGAAUGCCAAUGUGUCCAAGGAACUGGCCGAUGCCCUGUACGAUCUGAAUCGGUUCGAGGACAACAAGAGCCUGCUGCACGACAAUGUACGUAGGCAUGCGGGCACCGCACUGAAGGCCUUCGAAAAUCGCCUUCUGGUGGUCGAUGAGAAUCUCAAGGAUUGCACCGGCUUCAGUCUGGCGAACUUCUUCAUGGAGCACUCGUCCCAGUUGCCCGGCUUCUAUGACCAUCAGCAGGAGGAGAUGCGAAAGGCGGACAAGCGACCGCUGUGGAAAAUCCUGAAGGAGCGCAACGAGUGCGAUGUCCAGAGCAGCAUCGAUCGCAAGGAGGAGAUGCUCUCCCCGCUGGAAAUGGAACGCAGGCGCCGCAAGACGAAGAUCUACUAUCAGAACUAUCUGGGUCGCAACUGGACCGAUUUUAUAUUUCUGAAAACGCUUCGCCGAAAUCCCAAUAGCCUGUUGGACAACAAUUUUGGCUCCUCACCGGAUAGAACCGCAUACCUGGAGUAUUCAUUUCAGCGGCUAAAGACCUUCACCCGUAUGCUUCAGGCCCGGAGUCCCAUGUACAAUGAGUACUUUCAGCGAAGUCCCCGAAUGGAGGCGCGCAUGCGGGAAUCGAAUCUGUUCAGGAUUCAGUACCAGACCAGGCGGAAUAUGCUAAGCAUCCUGCAAACCAUUCAGGUGCUAAGGAAAAAGCAUGACCUGAAGCGCCUUCGCAAAUUCGUGGAGGAAGUGAUGGGCAGCUAUGUGGUCAUCAAGACGAACCGUCUGAUGCCCUGGAAAGCGGAGUUCAUGAACGAGGUGUACAAUAAUCUGGCCCUGAGCCUGUGCGAGGGAUACCGCCUGCCGCCCACGCGGGUCACACCAUACGACAAGGGCGCCAUGUGCCAUCUGCUUAACAUACCCACCGCCAAGCCCCUAGAGCACACGGAGUUCAUCUUUGGGGACCGAUCCACAUAUUCCUAUGCGGGUCCCGAAAAACAGAGCACCGACCGAUUGGCAGAUCAAAACUUCAUCGAGUACCUGGAGAAACGCCUGUUAUUUGCCCGCCUUCCGAUUGAAAGGAGCUACUUGCUCCACGAACUGGCCGACCGGCACAUGCAGAAGAACCACUUCGUCCAGAGUUUGUCCUACGCCCAAAAGGCCAUCGACGAGGCACGGGGAUGCAAUAGCCGGAUCUGGGAGUUCCUCAGCACCAUGCUGAUGGCCAAGUCGCAUGCAGUGCUCCACAAGUACGAGCGGCAAACGGAGGUCCUCAAUGCCGCCUACGAUCUGGCCACCCAGCUGAAGUCGCCCCAACUGUGCACCUUCAUCGAACUGUGCCGCAUGCUCAACAAGGACUACAUAACGCUCCGCAAGAUGUCCCAGUUGGUGACCAGCAAGCGACUGCGCACCAAACUCUCCAACAGGUCCAGUUUCUUUACAUCCCCCAACUAUUCUCCCAACUUUUCGGAGAUUAAGAAGCAGGAGGCUGAUCUUUUGACCGCCUGAUUCGGCGGCUUGGAUGGAGGGCACUAAUUUCUAAAAGUGCCCUCCAUGCGAUCCGUUGGUUCUUGCUUGCCAAAAUACCAGCCUCAAAAAAUCAUUUGAAACUCAUAUAAGACUGGAAAAUAUCAAAAUGCUAAACAAAAUCUUAAAAACGCAAUCAAAACAAUGUGUAAUGUUAAAAAAUAUUUAAAGUAACAAAACCACAAAAACAUGCUUAAACAACAAAAUUGUAAAAAUAUACCUAAAUGUAAGCCUAAACAGAAAUAAUUAGUACAUGUUUGUGUUAUUUUUAAAUUAAUUUACCAACUGGAUAUUAUUUACAUGAUGUUAUUAGCAAUUACUGUGCCAAAUCUAAUGUUUACCCAAGAAAUAUUCAAUUUAAUGAAGACCUUUGGAAAGUUAUGAUUUAAAAUCAAACAGCUGAUCCCUUUGGCAUGCAAAUUAUCCGAAAUUAAAAUGUCACUGCCCCAUAUUUGAAUAUAAAUGUACGGCAUAAAUAAAGUCAACAAAGGGCAGUCGCUGUAGAAACUAUUGAGCGGGCUAACAAAACCAAUGGCAAUGACACAAAACUAACAUCAAAAUAAAAUCAUUUAAAAAAGCAUAACAAUUAAAAAUCAGAAUAUCGCAUUUGAACGGGAUUAUAAAAAUAACAAAGUUCAGUUUUUUUUUGCUGUAAUUAUUUUCAGUCAACCGAAAUACAAUCUAAACAAAAUUCCGGACAGGCCAGUCACAAAAAGGGGAAAAAAUUGUUUUCACACUCUUAAAUUAUUUAUGUUCGAUGGGGCGGGAAUACGAUUGCACUUGACUCCAAUUUGGUCAAUAACCCAAACCCCGUGUGCCUGACCUCGCCCAACUAGAAACUACGAUUUGCAUAUUUUGUUGUUACUAUGGUUGUUAUUUUUGCCAUUUUUCGUCGUUGUUGUCAGCAUUGAAUUGUCGCAUGUUGGCCAGGGUUGGGAGCUGCAAACUGCAAACUGCAAACUGGAACUGGAACUGGGCCUGAAAGAGAAAUUACAUUUUAUUUUGUCGCAUGUCGCGGGGCCCCAGCAAGAACGGCAAAAGGGGGAGAGAAAUGGGGACACGAGGUGCGAAAAUAGUGAAUACUCUGUUUUUUAAUUACUUUUCUGAGACACUUUAUUAUUAUAUAUUGAUUUUAUUGUUUUGUAAGUUUCGUUGGUGUAACUUUAAUUG